AGCUACACAUAUAAAUAAGAUUUACAAACAUUCCAAGUUGAACAUGUCAAAUAAUACUAAAAUACACUAAACCACAAUGAAGAAAACUCAAAGCUUACGAACAUCGAAUGGGGAAAAAAAGUCCAAUUAUAAAUUUACUACAUAUCCUAUACGACCAAAAGUCAGUCAACGAAAAAUUGAUAAUAACAUAAAAGAAAAACUUUUUCAAGCCAAAAUUCACACUUACAAAGUUAAACAAAAAGUAUUACUAGACAAUAUCAAAGAAAUUAUCUCAGUUUAUAAGAAAUGUAUACAAAUGUCUAAACAAAUGUCUCAGCCAAAAAGAAAAUAUUUUGAAGAUGUUGAGCUAGUUGUGGAUCGGAUCGUGGAAGAGGCAUUCGGCGGGACACGAGUGCAGGCGCGCGACACAAACGACGAGCAGGGAACGAUCAAACGGCGGGACGCGGAAGAGUCGACCGCCGCGGUUUCGACGCUCAGGAUGAGUGACUUGAGGGUGUGGGACAAGCGGUCCCCGAACGACGGGUCGUUGAAUUCGAUUGCCGGCAGACUGUUGGUCCAUCACCGGCGGCUGCGGGCGGAAUGGGACCGGCUGACCGCGGACAGGGAACGGCUGCGUCAGUUGGCCGAAGCGAAACCGGUGCGGUCCACCGGUGCGAACCAUCGUUCGGUCGACGAACUUGCGCGGCCGUUGGACGGCGACUCGUCCGCCGGCGGUGUACCGGCCGUCUUGCGGAAACGCGAACUGGUCGAGAUCAUGACGCGCAUCCGGGACGCUUUGACGGCGGCGAACCGAGAGAACGGGCCGUCCGUGGCCGAAAACGGCGGCAACUCUUGUUGCAGUCGACGGCUGCACGGCAUGACGGCGGUGCACGAGUCGCGCGAGCUCCGGAAGAGGCUGGCCCUGGUCACGGACAGAUUGAAAGCGGCCGAAAAGGACAGACGUGAUCUGCUGGGAGUCGUGGAGAGGAGCCGGUCAGACCCGACGCCGAUCGAAUCGCUCCGGGCCGUGCUCAGCAAGGAGAAAGAGAAAAACGAUCACUUGCAAUCGGUCGUCGACGUCAUGUUCACCGCUAUCCACAGAGACGCGUGAUUGCAGAGCGAAACAGCAUCAACGCCAAUAUACAUUUGGCUUAGGCCAUCCAGUUGGAGGAUGACAAGCAAGUCUAAAUGGAUCACCUUCUUGAGCUUCAACAUAGAGUUUUGGUUCAUCUUUAAAUGAAUUUAAUUCAGCUUUCACAACCAUCACCGAUUUAGAAGUAGCUG